AUGGGUUUGUUUGAUAAAGUCAAGCAAUUCGCUGGUGACAACAAUGGUAAUGGUGAUGGCGGUGAGAACAAUCAAGGGAACAGCGAUUUGGUUGACCGGGUUGAACGCUUUGCUGGUAAGGAAAGGGUAGACCAAUUCAAGAGUAGCAUUGGUAGUGAGAACUUUAACAAGCUGGAAGAGACGGUCCGUGGCCACUUCAGCAAGGCCUCCAUCAACGAUGGUGGCUAUAAUUCAUCCAACCAAAACAGUUCGUACGGUGAGAAUAAUACCUACGGCUCAUCCAAGAAGAACUCUCACGGUGAAGAUGCCUACGGAUCUUCUAACAAGAAGAACUCCUACGGAGAAGGCACAUACGAUUCUAGUGACAACUACGGUUCCUCCAAUAAGAACUCAUAUGGCAACGACAACGAGGGCUACGGUUCAUCCAAGAACAAUUCCUAUGGCUCUAGCGACAAUUUCGGUUCCUCCAACAAGAAGAGCUCAUAUGGCGGUGAUGACAAUUACGGUCCAUCUAAGAACAACUCCUACGGUGAUGGUAAUUACGGUUCCUCCAACAAGAAGAGUUCGUAUGGCAACGAGAAGGACAAAUACGGUUCUAGUGAGAACUACGGUUCCUCGAAGAAGAAUUCAUUUGGUAACGAUAACGAGAAUUAUGGUUCAUCCAAAAAAAACUCCUACGGCGACGAGUCUUAUGGCUUUUCCAAAAAGCAGAACUCUUACGGUGACGAUACACACAGCUCCAGCGAGAACUACGGUUCCUCCAACAAGAAGAAUUCAUAUGGUAACGACAACGAUGACUACAGUCCAUCUAAGAACAACUCCUACGGUGAUAAUAACUACGGCUCCUCCAACAAGAAGAGUUCAUAUGCUGAUAAGGACAAUUACGGUUCAUCUAAGAACAACUCUUAUCGUGACGAUUCCCGCGGCUCUUCUAAAAAGAACAACUCUUAUGGUGAUGAUACAUACCGUUCUAGUGACAACUACGGUUCUUCCAACAACCAGGGUUCAUAUGGCAAAGACACCUACGGUUCAGCUAAGAAAAAGUCCGACGGUGAAGACCCCCACGGUUCUUCUAAAAAGAACUCCUACGGCUGUGACAACUACGGUUCUUCCAACAACCAGAGUCCAUAUGGCACAGAUAAUGACACCUAUGGUUCAGCUAAGAAAAACUUCCACGGUGGAGACUCCCACGGUUCUUCUAAAAAGAACUCCUACGGUAAUGACACAUACGGUUCUACGGACAACUAUGGCUCUUCCAACAAGAAGAGCUCCUAUGGGGGGGAGGAUGACAGAUAUGGUUCCUCUAACAUGGAGAGCUCCUACGGCGAUGACAAUUACAGCUCAAUAAACAAGAAAAAUUCUUAUGGGGACUCUACAUAUGGCUCAUCAAACAACCAAAAAAAUUCAUAUGGCUCCUCCAAUGCCGGCAAUUCGUAUGGAAACGAAUCACACAAUUCUUCCAGCAGUAAGCAGAAAUCUUCCCACAAAAAGAAGCAGUCCGACGACGAAUCCUACAAUUCUUAUAGCCAGUCCAGUGAAACUUACGGUUCCUCUCAAAACGCUCAAAGCUCUCUCGGGAACACUGGCAAUUAUGCUGGCUCUUCUGACCAAAUAUACCAAUCUGGAAAGAGCAGCGAUCCCUCGCGGAAUCAGGACUCGUACAGUCGCUCCAGUGACAAUAAUCGUUUUUCGGAUAACAGCGGGGCUUAUGGAGAUAACAACAACUCUUAUCGUUCUAGCGGUGACGAUUACACAUCUCGUCAGAACAAAAAUUCCUACGGGAACAAUGACUCGUAUGGUUCGUCCAACGACUACUACAGAUCUUCUGACAAGAGCUCCGGAAAUAAUGUCAGAAACAACGACACCCAUGGCUCCUCUUAUGGAAACGAUGGCUUCAAUGAUUCGUCGAAUGCCAAUUACGGCUCCGGUAAUGUAGGUCGGGACUCUUAUGGUGCCGAUAACGGCACCUAUAACUCUACUGGCGCAAAUCGGGGUUACAAUCGUGGCGAUAACUGGUAA